AUGGCAGCAAGUGCAUCUCCAAUGGCGAGCCAGCUAAAGAGCAGCUUCUCGUCCGCUUCAAUUGCUAGGCGUCUACCCGUCCCUAAGGGCAUCUCCGGCCCUCCUUUCGGCGUUUAUCCGACCAAGAGAAUCUCUUCCUUCACCGUCCGAGCUGUUCAGUCCGAUAAGGAAGGAGAGCCGUCGAUUGCUCCGAGUUUGACGUUGACUGGGCGGAAGAAGCAGCCUGACCAGCUUCAGACAGCUGAGGGAUGGGCUAAGUUCACUGGAGGGUUCUUCUUCGGAGGGAUCUCUGGUGUGACUUGGGCUUACUUUCUACUCUACGUUCUUGACCUUCCUUAUUACGUCAAAUGA